UGGAGCGCAGCUCACGUGUCCAGUGGGAUUGUCAGUCCUGCAAAGUGAUUGUAGUCAGCCUUCGAGCUUCCACUGCAGUUACGCUUGUGUGGGGGCACUAGUCUCGAGAGUUGAAAAAAGACAAAAAAGGAGUUAAAAGAAAAGGGACAGAUAAAAGAGAGAGGAGUGAGGACAGAAAAAGGAAAAAUAACGCGAAGGAUGCGUGUGCGAUCGUAGUUGGUGUGAACUGUGUUACAAUUUUUUUUUAACCAUUAAUUCCGAGGAGCUAAUGGGCCCAUCAUCACGAAGGUAAAUGAGGGAACGAAGGUAGUGGAAAGUGACCUGGUAUAAUGUCAGAUGGGGUCGAUGGUGGCAGCGGGGAAAACGAGGUAGACUCACAUUCCUCCGCGCAAGCUGAACCCGGAGAAUCAUCCAAUCAUCGGGAGGAUGAGAGUUUGGAUCCUGAUAAUGAGGCUGCACUGAAUACUAAUUAUGAUAGUAGCGAUGGCGCUGUUCCAGUGUUUAGAUGUGAAAGAUGUGACAAUUACGAAACGAUAAAUAAAACAGCAUUCUGCGCCCACCAAGACCAGUGCCUGGCUGGUGGUGAGGGUGCUGAGAGUGUCGAGGGAAUUGAGAGUAAUGAGAACGAUGGGGACGGUGACGAGGGACACUCUGGACACCGUUCACACAGAAAAAUGUUCGAGUGUGACGUCUGCAACAUGAAAUUCUCCAAUGGAGCUAACAUGCGCAGACACAAAAUGCGCCAUACUGGCGUCAAACCGUACGAGUGUCGUGUCUGUCAGAAGAGAUUUUUUCGAAAGGAUCAUCUGGCUGAACACUUUACAACCCACUCGAAAACAUUGCCUUACCACUGUCCAAUAUGUAAUCGUGGAUUCCAAAGACAAAUUGCAAUGAGGGCACACUUUCAGAAUGAACACGUUGGUCAACACGAUAUGGUCAAGUCCUGUCCACUAUGCAAUUACAGAGCAGCUACGAUGAAAUGUUUGAGGCUACAUUUUUUCAAUAGGCACGGAAUAGAUUUAGAUAAUCCAGGACCAAAUAGCUCGUCGUCCCUGUUGAGCAGUUGCUCCCCAAGCGAGGCAAUGCCAUCAGCACCCCUGUCUGACAGUGGUGACAGUACGGGUAAUCGUUCAGCAGACAAUGCCACACCACCCAUGCACUUCUUGACUCCUCACGUUGAGAUAUCAAUACCGUAUCCAGAGCAGGCAGCUGCCCAACGCAAUCCCAGUCCAGCACCAUUGAAUGGGGAUAGUCCAAACAGUCCACAGAGUGCCGAUAGCAACAGCAAUGCACCGAGUAGUAGUCAUCAUCAGUUACCUGUCAAUAGCACUAUUCAUCGGAGUGUCGGUGGUAGUGAAGAGGCAAUAACACCAUCGAUAUCGCUAAUUCCCAUAAAACAAGAGCCAAACAGCAACGGAAUGGACGAUUCUGGUGCAACAUCCAGCAAUCAUCCACUGCCGUCGCUCAUAAAAGUAUCACCAUUGAAAUCUCUCCUGCGCGAUGACUUGAGACGUAAACUAACAAAUACAACAAACAGCAGUCACAACAAUGGUACAACAACGAUAAAUUCCCAAACACGCGGUGAACCACCGACAUCAACGAGGCCGGAUCCCCGUUCAAGUGGUUUACAGUGUACCUACUGCAGAAUAACAUUUCCAGAUCAAACAUUGUAUUUUUUGCACAAGGGCUGUCACAGUGAGAGCAAUCCCUGGAAGUGUAAUAUCUGUGGGGAACAGUGCUGCAAUUUGUAUCAAUUCAAUUCGCAUUUAUUGAGCAAGAGUCAUCAGUAGUAACGGAGGGGUAAUUAAUGAGAGGUAUGUCAUUGGAAAAAUGAGGCUCGUUUCAAGGGAGAAAAUCGUGCCUUUUUUUUAUUAUGAAGAUGAAGAUUUAAUGAGAAUUACUAAUUAUUGCCAACAUUCACAAAACUCGUCCAUCGUGAUAUGUCACCACACGUUUAUGAUCCGUCCAAUAGGGCUUCACAGAGUUUAAAUAUUCCAAGCUCUAUUUAUUAGUUUAAAAUUACAAAAAAAAAUGUUGAACGAUUAGUGAAUAGACGGCAGCGCAGGGAACAGAAAUAUUUCUGGAGAAGAACACGUGCAAAAAUAUUUCGUGGAAAAACCUGGAGAGUUCGCUAGGAAAUUCUAUUGGAUUUCUAUUGAAAAAUUUCGCAGCUCAUCUGUGCUUUUUUCCAAUAGAAA